CGGGCGCUGCUUGUGUCACCAUGGUGAUGGGGUUGUUCCUGGGGAGGCUUUGAUUGCUAGACAGGUGUGUGACAAUCGGAGCUUUCUGCAAGCAUGUACACCAAAGGCAAGAGUAACAGCGUACCGUCCGACAACCAGGCCAGAGAAAAGUUAGCGCUGUAUGUAUACGAGUACCUGUUACAUGUGGGAGCACAGAAAUCCGCUCAAACAUUUUUGUCAGAGAUAAGAUGGGAAAAAAACAUAACAUUGGGGGAGCCUCCAGGAUUUCUACACUCCUGGUGGUGUGUGUUUUGGGAUCUUUAUUGUGCUGCACCAGAAAGACGAGAAACCUGUGAACAUUCGAGUGAAGCAAAAGCAUUUCAUGAUUAUAGUGCUGCAGCUGCCCCCAGUCCAGUCCUAGGAAAUAUUCCCCCAGGGGAUGGAAUGCCAGUGGGCCCUGUUCCUCCAGGCUUCUUUCAGGGACCUCCAGGUUCACAGUCAUCACCGCACGCACAGCACCUACCUCACAACCUCAGCAAUUCCAUGAUAGGACCCCACAGUCAGCCUUUCAUGUCCCCUCGGUAUCCAGGUGGUCCAAGACCUCCAUUAAGAAUACCCAACCAGGGUCUUGGGGGUGUUCCAGGGAGCCAGACAUUACUUCCCAGUGGAAUGGACCCAUCAAGACAACAAGGGCAUCCGAACAUGGGUGGUCCAAUGCAAAGAAUGAGUGGCCCAAGAGGAAUGGUUCCUUUAGGCCCACAGAGCUAUGGAGGAGGAAUGAGACCGCCACUGAAUGCACUUGGUGGCCCUGGAAUGCCAGGAAUGAACAUGGGUCCAGGAGGUGGUAGACCAUGGCCCAAUCCCGGAAAUGCUAACUCAAUACCCUACUCGUCUGCGUCUCCUGGGAAUUAUGUAGGUCCUCCGGGGGGUGGAGGUCCUCCUGGGACACCAAUCAUGCCAAGUCCAGCAGAUUCAACAAAUUCUGGAGACAAUAUGUACACAUUAAUGAAUGCAGUACCUCCUGGAGCAAAUAGGCCUAAUUUCCCAAUGGGUCCAGGUUCAGACGGCCCAAUGAGUGGAUUAGGUGGAAUGGAACCGCACCAUAUAAAUGGCUCCUUAGGCUCAGGGGACAUGGACAGUAUUUCCAAGAACUCUCCAAAUAACAUGAGUCUGAGUAACCAGCCAGGAACGCCAAGGGAUGACGGCGAAAUGGGUGGAAAUUUCUUAAACCCCUUCCAGAGUGAGAGUUAUUCUCCUAGCAUGACAAUGAGUGUGUGAUUCAUCAUCUAGUCUCGUCAUGAAGACCGCAGUGAGUCAGCCCUCUUCACAGACCAACCACCGGGAAAAAAAACAUCAGUCACCAUACCGUUUAACUUAAGGAUCCUGGCCCCCACCACAAAAACCUUUUCUUUGUCGCCAUGUGCCCUAUUUUGUGAAGAAGCGGGUCCAAACAUAAAAUCAAGCAACUGUAAAGAGUGGCAUAUGUAAGAAUUGCCCUAAACUGAACUGCAAUUUAUCAUCUGUACAUAUAUAUAAAUAUAUAUAAAUAUAUAUAUAUUCCCACAGGACAUUGUAAAAGGAUAUUAUCACAUGCCAUCUUAAGUAGCGAGACAUAGACUUUUAUUCCAAUUUUUUUUUUUUUUCACGUUUACAUUUUAAUUAUGAAAUGUUGCAUUUUCUCCCUGAACUAUUUUGUGCUGUGUAUAUCACUGCUUAAUAAGUUAUUUUUUAAGGUAAACUCAAAUGUUGUUCUGGUUUUGUAAAUGUCUGCAAUCAUGGAUAGGAAUAAAAAUGCUUACGAGUGCUUUUAUUAAA